AUGUGGCUGCAGCAGCGGCUGAAGGGCCUGCCGGGGCUGCUGUCCAGCAGCUGGGCGCGUCGGCUGCUGGCCCUGCUGGCCUUCCUGCUAGUCGCCUCCUGGUACCUGGGCGGCGCCUGGCCUCGCCUGCUGCUCCGCCUGCGGCCCGGGGGAGCCUCGGGGGCCGCCGCGGGGCUGUGCCUGCAGGCCGAGACCCGCGCCUGGCGGAAGGGAGACGCUCGGCUGCUGGGGGAAGGCCCUGGCCAGACUCCCCCAGGGCUGGUGGGCAACGGGCACCUGCUGCUGGAUGCCCAGGCCAACCGCCUCUGGGUGGCCCCUAUGGGGGGACCGGCUUGGCCCACCGACUACGGGCCCUUGGCCCAGCUGCGGGGCCCGGCUGGGGCUGAGAGCGAGGCAGGGGCGUCCGCCCUGCUGCCCAAGGAAGGGGCCUUCCGGAGAGUCCGCUGCAUCCAGCCUGGGGGUCCCGGAGGGGCUUGUGUGACCGUCCGGGAGGAGCUGCUGGCCCACCGGGGACGCCCCCAUCUCUAUUUGCAGCGCCUGAGCGUGGACAACCCCACCGACCGGCUGGUGGCUUUGGAAGUGACCGGUCCGUCUUCCUCGUCCUCUUCCUCGUCCUCCUCCGGCCGUUCUUUCGUCACCAGCCUGGAGAAAGCGGGCGACCGGCAGUUCUUCCUGUCCUCGGGCCGGGCGCUGCAGCCGGCCGGAGAGAAGUUGGUGCUGGUUGUGGUGGCGGCCAAGAAGCUGGUCAGCCGGGUGCAGGUGGCGCCGAAGUCGCGCUUCGAGGAGACGCUGGUGUCCGUGGUGCUCAGCUCGGAGCCCAUCGAGGCCGCCCAGCUGGACGAGACCUUCGGGCGGCUGCGGGAAGCGGCCAAGAAGGAGAUGAUGGAGGUGCUGCCCCUGCGGACCGAGGAGCUGGUCCAGGAACACCGACGGGCGUGGGACCAGCUGUUUAUCUCAGGUGUGGAAAUGCGCAAGAUUACCGACGCUCACACCCCCUCCAGCGACACCGUCAACCUGACGCUCUACUUCGUCCUGUCCACCACCCCGGCUCCCCUCCUGGACCCCCACAUCAGCCCCGAGGAGGAGGAGAAAAUGGAAGCCACUUUGAACUACGCCGACCACUGCUUCAGCGGCCACGCCACCAUGCACGCCGAGAACCUGUGGCCCGGGCAGCUGUCCACCGUCCUGCAGGUCUUGCAGCUCUCCAACCUGUGGAAGCUGACGCUGCAGAAGCGCGGCUGCAAAGGCCUGGUGGCGGCCGGGGCUCACGGCCUCAUGCAGGGGAUGGUGCUCAGCUUUGGCGGGCUGCAGUUCACCGAGAACCACCUGCAGUUCCAGUCGGACCCCGAGGUCCUCCAGAACAGCUACUCUCUGCGGGGGAUCCAUUACAACAAGGACCUGAUCAACCUGGCCGUGUUGCUGGACGCCGACGGGAAGCCCUUCCUCCACGUCUCGGUCAAGUUCCAGGACAAGCCAGUGAAGCUGUACGCCUGCGAGGGCGGUUGCUCCAACGAUCCCGUGGAGCUGACCUCCCAGGUGCACGGCCACACCUUCCCCGUCAUGGUGACGCAGCCCAUCACGCCGCUGCUGUACAUCUCCACCGACCUGGUACACCUUCAGGACCUGCGCCACACCCUCCACCUCAAGGCCAUCCUGGCCCACGAAGAGCACAUGGCCAAGCGCUACCCGGGCCUCCCCUUCCUCUUCUGGUUCAGCGUGGCCUCCCUCAUCACCCUCUUCCACCUCUUCCUCUUCAAGCUCAUUUACAACGAGUACUGCGGCCCCGGGGCCAAGCCUCUCUUCCGAAGCAAGGUCUAAGGCUCGGCUUGACAGCCAAAGCAGGGUCCCGGCUUCCUCGGGGUGUGUUUGUGUGUGUGUGUGUGUGUCAGCUUCUUCUCUCUGACAUCAGCCCUGGAAGCAGGGCACAUCUGUAGGAGCCGAGGACAUCUUUGGAAGAAGCCAGCCUUUGUGCUGUGUGUGUGUGUGUUUGCACACCUGUGCACCAGUCUACUUAGUCGUUUGCCUUUUUGGAAGAUAAGCUCUCGAGGAGGAGGGGGGGGAGGCUGAUAAAAGGGCCAGUGAAAAGUAAAAGUUCUUCUACCAAAAGGAUGCAGGGGUGUUGUGUUGGGGUGCUGUUUGGAAAAAAAAGGGUUGAUGGGCAGUGUGAUUGAUGGGGAAGCUGGCGUAGGGGUGCCGGGGCUGACACUCCAAGGGUUAAGCAGGGGCCUCACUGUUUACGAGUAACCCUGAAAUGAAGGAGUAGGGGGGGGAUGCUUUUUUGGGGGGUGGGGAAGCUUGUCACGCGUGAUCUGACUGUACCCACAAAGUGUAGCUUUAUGCGGAG